CAAAUAUUACUCGUAGGAAGCAGGAAGAAGCAGCGGCGUCGUUUGAUUCUACACAAGUGAAAGAUCGAAGAAGCAGCCAUCGGAAAAGAUGAUCGGAGUCGGCAAGACCAAACAAUACGCUAACGUCCUCGACAGACCUAUCAGCAAAGGCAAACAAGAGGUCAGUUUGAGUGCGUUUGCGUUUUUGUUUUCGGAGCUGGUUCAGUACAAUCAGACUCAAGUUGAUAAUAUUGCGGAAUUGGAGCGGAGGUUGGAGGAUGCAGGAUAUGCUGUAGGGGCACGUGUUUUGGAACUUCUUUGUCACAGAGAGAAGGGAAAUAGAAGGGAGACACGCUUAUUGGGUAUAUUGUCUUUUGUGCACAGUACAGUAUGGAAGGUGUUGUUUGGAAAGGUAGCUGACUCUCUUGAGAAAGGCACUGAACAUGAAGAUGAAUACAUGAUUAGCGAAAAGGAGCUCCUUGUGAAUAGGUUUAUUUCAGUACCAAAAGAUAUGGGAACAUUUAAUUGCGGGGCUUUUGUAGCAGGAAUAGUGAGGGGUGUUCUGGAUGGUGCAGGGUUUCCUGCUGUAGUAACAGCCCAUUUUGUACCAGUGGACGGGCAGCAACGACCUCGAACAACUAUUUUAAUAAAGUUUGCUGAAGAGGUACUAGUAAGAGAAGCAAGAUUAGGAUGACAUGCGGGUGAACUUAAUAUGUCGUUGUCCUAUGUUUAACUACCUCGUCAGCGUGCCAAACUUGCUUGGUGGAUGGUAGAAGAAAUGGCGAUACAUUGCUGAUUUUGUCUCAUAUGUGGCAGAACGAGUACUGUCAGAUUUAUGAGCUUAAGUGUCAAAGAUUUAUAUUUAAAUUUCAGUGUAAAGGAAUUACAUAUUGAACCAACAAAAGAGCACUGAUGUUUGUCUAUUAUAGAGCUUGGCAUCAAGCUGUGUUUUAGUUAUAUGCGUUGUUUUUGUUGGUAUUAAUUUCUCCGGUACCGGACGCUGUUCUUGCAUUAUAUAUAUUUCUUAAAAGAUGAUGAUUUUCUUUCGGA